AUGUGGGCUCUCGCGUUGCAGAUUAUUGGGGCACCCAGCGACAUUUUCAAGACGUUGGCGGCGCAGCCCCGUAAAUGCAAUUCCAAACGCAUCGAGGAGUUCCAGGCCUUCUAUGUGUCGCUCGAGGGCGACAGGGACUUGCACCGCGCGUGCAUCUGGUUCCGACUGACGGUGUGCGCCGUCAGCAUAUGCUCCAAGAAAGUCAGGGCGGACGGGCCCCCCCCGACGUUGAUGCAGCUGGGGCGCAAGAGGGUUCAGACUGAGACAACGUCGCUCCUGGUGGAGCUAGUGCCCCUCUUGCAGCACGACGCGGGGUUGGACCUUGAUGCGACGGUGGCGUCACUGCUGAGCACGCAAGCACAGAUAUACAUGAGGUUCGAUGAAUACCAACAGUUUCCAGGAAAGCUCUGGACGUUUACGGAGAAAUAUAAUUCGGGGCCUCAUGACGCAGCUUGCCAGGCGUUUCUCCACGCGCCGGCGAGCUCCUUGGACGCGGGUUAUUCGCUUCCCUUACAGCGGGGAGCCUGGGGGCGCGGGUCCUUCGCGGCCGCGCUGGCUUUCCUCCAGUCCCAGGGCGUGCAGGACGAACUCGCCCGCGUCUUCGAGGAAUCGGAUGCCACCAGCAUGGGCGUGGAGCGCAAGCAUCAUAGUGACAAGCGGUCCCAGCAGCGCGCCAAGGUAAUGUCCGUUGCCCGCGCCUCCCGGAAUUCGGUGCUACAGGCGUUUCGCACGUGGCGGACGAGGGCCAUGGGCGACCUCUACCAGAACAAAAAGUGUACUCCAAGUACACCACCAUGA